GGCCUUGUAAUAUAACCCCGUCGUUUUCGUUACAAGUUUUUUUUUUUCUUCUAUUUUGCAUUAAUUUCGUAGUGUCAUCAGUAUUAUCAUGAAAAGAGCAAUCAAAAAAUCUUGGCGUGAUUCCGCUUCUUUAAUAGUGCUCGCUAGACGGAAUGUGGAUAAGUUAUCGAGUGGGAACAGUAGUGAUACUAACUACGAUAUCUUGUUGCAGACUCGGUCGCUUGACGCAUCUUUCUCGAACAGUGUUGUGUUUCCGGGCGGUGUUAACGAGGAGGCCGACGCUAGUGAACGUUGGCUUCACCUCCUCAACUCUUUCGGGUACGGUAAGGCCGACUUCGAAAAGCUACAUCGAACUGGUGCUCCCAUAACUCCUAUCUUCGCAGAUAACCCAAUUAAAAGGUACACAAUAACAACUAUAAACACUACAUUAUCAUACGAAAUACACAUUGCAUUAAGAAUAACUGCAAUAAGAGAAACAUUUGAGGAGCUCGGUCUGCUUAUCUGCAGCACAAAACACAAAGCAUCUACAAGUGAUAAAUGGGCAAAUGUUAUAUCAGAUAUAGAUCUAAAAUUGUGGCAGAAACGGGUGAGUGACAAUCCCUCGGAGCUUCUAAAUCUCUGUAAAGAGCAUAAUUGUUACCCAGAUAUAUGGAAUUUGUUUUACUGGAGUAAUUGGCUAUCUCCUGCUCAUUUGCCGAGACGUUUCGAUACUGCAUUUUUCAUAGCGGCUAUAGAAAACAAACCAACAAAUAUCAAAGCUAACUCUGAGGUUGUUAAAGUAGAGUGGGCAAGUCCUAAAGAAGUUUUGGAGAGAAGUAAAAAAGGUGACAUAACUUUGUAUCCACCUCAAGUUUAUGAAUUGAAUCGUUUUACUUAUGUUAAAGAUAUUGAAGAGUUAAAAAAAUUUGCAAGAGAAAGGAGCAAUCAGGGUGAUGAACUAUUUUACCCAGUCAUUAAACAAGCUAAAGACGGCAUUGUAUCACUAUUACCAGGAGACCAUCUCUACCCAUCAAAUGUAGACCUUAAAAGUACAACGACUAAUACAGAAGAUAAAAAUCUAUUGGAACUCAGAGGAAAUAAUCAUUCACUUCAUCGCAUUGAAACAGACAAUAAUAAAAGUUUUUUCAUUACUCAUAACUACAAACCAAAAAAUCAUAUCAACAUGGGUAACCAAGUGACCCCUAUCAAUAUGAAACUCCAUGCAUUAAAUUAAAAAAUUCUAUCAUUGCCUUAGUCAUUGGCCUUACUAGUAGUACAAAUUGUGGAAAUAUUAUACAAACAAGAUUAGUCUGUUU